AUGUCGCUUUUAGAGGACGAAUAUAGUUAUAAAUCCUCUAGUAAUAAUGGUAAACAUUUAUGUAGAUCGAUCAAAUUGUAUUUUGCUUCUUUUAUCGCCUGUAUAGCCUCCUUUGUAGUAGGUUAUAGCUUGCAAUAUUCCUCUCCUACCAUACCACAGUUGACUAUACCGAGCGCUGGAAAUCUCUAUCUAUCAUCUGGAAAUACUUCUUUAUUCGCGUCUUUAUUAGCUAUUGGUGCAGCAGGUGGUGCCUUAAUUGGCGGCAAAAUUAGUGAUCAACUUGGUCGACGUUCGACCUUGAUUUUGUCUUCAAUACCUUCAAUGGCUGGCUGGCUGUUAAUUGCAUACGCGACAGCAGUAUGGCAUUUACUGGUUGGACGAACACUAUGUGGAAUAGGGGUUGGAAUAUCGUCUCUGGCAGUUCCAAUUUACCUUGCAGAAAUAUCUACCCCAGAUAUCCGUGGAAGUCUUCUUUUUCUAACUUCUCUGUUAAUUGCCAUUGGAUCAUUAUCUUGUGCCGCUCUAUCCGUAUUGGUCAAGUGGAGAUAUUUAGCUGUAAUAGCAGGAAUUCCAAUAUUAGUACUUGCUAUCGGUAUGAUCCUACUACCAGAAAGUCCACGUUUUCUAGUCAGCCAAGGCCGUCUAAAAGAAGCUAUUGACUGUUUAAGAUGGCUACAUGGUGAUGAGGCCAAUAUCUAUGUUGAACUAACAGAAAUUGAAGAAAUGCAUAAGAAUACGCCAACGAUGGAUCUCUGUGAAUUGUUUAGACCUCCAUUAGUUAAACCAUUUAUGAUAGCUAUAGCUUGUAUGUUGCUCCAGCAAUUUACUGGAUUUAAUGCUAUUUACUACUACUGUACAUCAAUAUUUAAUCAAGCAGGAUUCAAAGAUAGCUUAAUUGUUAACCUUAUAGCCAAUGCCGUACAAUUAUUUGCUACUAUACUAGCCGUCCCAUUUAUUGAUAGAGCUGGUAGGAAAAUACUACUCAUGAUAUCAGGGGCUGGAAUUGUUAUAAGCUGUGGUCUUUUCGGUCUUUUCUUCCAAUUAAAGGAAAGUACGCCAUUAAAAUUGGAUUGGCUAGCUAUUGUCAGCGUUGUUUUAUUUUUGAUGUUUUUUGCUUUGGGCUGGUCAGCUAUACCUUGGUUGCUUAUGUCGGAAUUGCUACCAACUAAAGCUCGAGGAAUUGCUAGUAGUUUAAUUGCUUGCUUAAACUGGACAAGUGGCUUUUUAGUUGUCUUCUUUUUUAUAGAUAUUGAAAAGGGUCUUACUAAACAAGGUGGAUUUUGGCUAUUUGCAGGAUGUACACUCGCUAGCGAGUUCUUCAUCUAUUACUAUUUGCCAGAGACUAAAGGAAAAACACUAGAGCAAAUACAGCAAUCAUUCGAUCCAGAUUUACCCAUUGAAGAACCUCAUCUAUCAUAUGGAAGCGAUCUUACUGGUGGCCAGAGAGCUUUUGAUAAAUCUCAAUCUUGGUCAAUUAAUAAAUAA